GUCAAGGGCAGUCACCCCAUCCGCAGGCCCGUAGCGCGGCAGCAGUCACCGCAGCAGUCGACCAGGGGCCAAGGCAACCUCCGUCCUGCGUGACCUUUGUCUAGGCCUCUAGGUCGCCACCGCAGCUCGCCAGCAGUCCAGCACCGCAGCUCCUUGGCUCCGCACGCCACCAGUUCAACCUUGUCCAUCCGUUCAGCACAUCAGCACCCGUGCACCGCACGCCGCCUACUCGCCACCGAAGGUUCAGAAUCAGCCCUACAGGGAAUGUGUCAAGGAGAAGACCCCUUCAAUUUCUAUUGAGUGCGUUGGCUUGAGAGAGACCUACUUCAAUUGCAACAGAGGACAGUAUGAUAUCAUUUUAGGUUCCGUUGAAGAGUAUUAUAUUUGUCAAACCAAAAUCAGAAAAAGGCUCUUUAACAGCUCAAAUGGAGACCGAAUCUUCAGCAUCAGCGGAGAUUGGCUUGUUGGGAAGCCCACAACCCGAUAAUAUGUUGGUCCAGUACAUCGUGUUGAGGAGAGACCUGAUUGACACAUGGCCUCUGGGGAGCGUAAUUACUCAAGGCUGCCAUGCGUCAGUUGCUGCAAUCUGGUCCCACAAGACAGAUCCACACACGGUCAGGUACUGUGAUCCUAACAACAUUGACUGUAUGCACAAAGUGACUCUUGAAGUUAAAGGUGAAGCCCAGAUUGUGAGCUUGUCUGAGAAACUUAAAGUAGCUAGUAUUGCUCAUAAGUUGUGGAUUGAACAACCCGAGAAUAUGCCUACCUGCCUUGCCACAAAACCUUAUCCAAAAUCACUUGUAUCGCCCUUCUUCAGAAAGUUAAAGCUCUGUAGGUGAGAACAACCUCAUGCUAAUUUCGUGAUAUGUAUUGCCAUUAGACCUAGCCCGC